CAUAUAUGCGUUUAAGUCCCUACGCUGUACACCAAUACCAUAUGCGUUCCCAAAAGACAUCUGUUCUGGAACAGCUGCCGCUUCUGUUCAUUAUUCGGCAAAGCGGCACUUAAACUUCCCUCAUUCCGUGCUUGAAUCCAAAGGGGACAUUUUGAAUCCGCUUUCGGAAAAUGUUACCAGAACAUACCCCCAAAAUAGUCAGCCUAUUCCAAGACCCGCACAUAUGACGGUAACACAGCAACAAAAUCGGUUCAGCAAUUGCUAGAAGGUGGAACGGCACGUGGAUGAUAAUUCUGAUUGAGUACUUAUCUUAUCACAAAUAUCCAGUAUUCGUUUUUUCAUCAGUGUUCAAAAGGACAUUAUCAAAGUUGAUUUAUUUGUUUUGAAAAGUAGUUGACUACUCAAAUGAUAUGAAGUUAAGUGAAGUUUCUAAUUUACAAUGAAACAAAAUUCAAAAAGUGCCAGAAAAAUCGCGAGAAACAGAAGAAAUCCCAAUGGAAGGGUACGCAACCACGUAACGAGAAAUGAUCAAGUGACAGAGUUACUCAAGUUGUGUCUUCAAAAAGUUUGUGAGUUACAAGAAGAUUUGCAAAGAUGUGAUGACGAAGAAAACGACCCCGAAGCCGCUGGAUAUGCAGCGUGUGCUAUGGAGACCCUGAGGUUUCUGGUUGCUGAAGGUUUACCCCCUGACCAUCCCACCGUGAAAACAUUGACCGAAAAAUUAUUGAUGGGACAGGAUAAAAAGGAUUAACAAACUCUAAAAUGUCUGUACUAAUUUUAGUCUGCUAGGUUUUUAUAUAUUAGCUUUAAUUUUGAAUAUUAAGUAGGGAUCUACAAAUGGAAAAAAUUGAUUGAUAGAUCGCUUUCGUUAUCGAGGGUCUAUUUUUUUGAAAAAAUUAACUUGAAAGUAGGUUCUUUUUUACAUACAGGUAGAUAGUUUUUUAAAAUUUUAAUAGAUACCUAGUGAUUUUAUUAUUAUUUUAUUUAUUUAAGUGUUUAAGUAUAAUCGCCAUUGUAAGAUAUUGAAAUGUACUUAAAAACUAAAAAUAUUCUAGUCAUUGACGUACCAUUUAUUUUCUAGUCAAAGUUUUUUGUAUCUAUGUUUUAUGCAUAAAUAAAGAUUUACAACGUUUAUGUCAUGUCAUAUUUCUUAACAAAAUUAUUUUAUCAAUUUCAGGGAUUUUCCAAAUAGCUAUUUACGCAAACGUAAAUGCAUAUUUUUUGUGUAAUUGUGAUAAUAUCAAAUCAACUCUAAAUUUCAUUUGAAAAAAUCAAAAAGUAAUAACUCAUGUUCUAUUUAUCAGUUUCUCCAUUCAUUAUCAUUGCACUGUUUGUGUUUGGCUUUAUCUGAAUGUUUACAAUUAUCACUGUUGAUUAAACUAAUCCAAAAACUACACGCACGAGAGAUGCAAUUACCACUUUUGCUCGAACCGAAAAGUUAAGUAGUUUGUAGACGUGUAUUUACACUUUCGGCCUUAAAAUAAUACAAAUCUACUCCUCGAAAUACUUGGCAUUGCAACAUUUUCAUUUCUUCUUCUGUCAGAUUGCUUCCUUUAAGAUUUUCAGUCAAUUUUGCAAAUUCCUCAGAGGCCGUUGUGGGUUGCACAUUAUUUUCCGAAUCUCUUUGAAUUGCUGACAUUUUCUUUGGGGGACUUUACUAUAGAUAACAAUAAUAAUAAUAAUGCACGAACAUAAAACUAUCCGACUGUUUUUGUUGCCAUUUCAAGACUGGUCAUGAACGGAUAGAUAACCCUCUAGUUCAACACACCACCGACCCCUGGGGGGUGUUAGAAAACAAUGUCGUUCUAAAAUAUUGUAUAACACAAUAGUUACCCCAGCGAAUGAAUUAAUCAAGAAAGGAAACAUCUGGCAGUGAUACAAGUCAUUACAAUGAUAAUAAGUUAGCUUACUCAUGAUGUGAAUAGAAAAACGUAGGAGAAACGAGAACGAGCAUUCUGAACUAGAAAUUAUUUCAUUAAGCUUGAUUGUAGUUAGUUACGAUUAAAGAGGAUUGUAAUUUAUUUGUUUAAUUGGUGUUUUACUAGAGAAGAGCAGGGUCCAGUGUUAUACGAUAUUUAUUUGUAUUUGUUACUUAUCGUUAUUUCAUUCAUAUACAUAUGCUAUCUAUAUAGAUGCAUAAAAAUGGAUGCAUGGCAUUUAAUUUACAGGAUAUCAUAUCAAACACUUCUGUCGAUGCCAAUAACAUUAACUCCUGUUUAAUGUUACAGACUUGAUAGUAACCCUUAGAACUUACAGACUUGAAAAAAUUUUUAAUUUCUAUCACUUAAUAAUGCAAUAAGAUCUACGCAUGUAAAGGUUCAUGAGAUUCUUAAAUCCUGCAGGGUCUUUUUUGCAAUCGAGAUAAUAAGUUAUUCAUGUAGUUAUUGUGGAUAAACUAAAGAUGCUUUGUAAUAUAAAACUUGGAACGUUUUAGUGAUAAUAAUGACUGCAUAAGCAUUAGUUUAAUAUAAAUUUGCUGUACACAGCAAUUAAUUGUUAAAUGUAGGUAUAUACCUUGCACAAUACAAUUUCUAUACAAGUAAGGCGUAGCUUAGGCCUUCGACAAGUGUGGCAACAAACUUUAAAGAUUUUUGGGUGUUUCAUUCCCAUCAGCCACUAAUGUUGGUGAGCGGGCAGCCCCUCUGGACUACGCCGAAGGGUAGAACGGAAGGCCCUCUUCAUUCUCCUUUCAGGAAUCGUGGAAAUGGGUAGGUGGUGGUUCAGGUGAGGAUGAUGAAACGGACAAAAUGAAAACUGAAGAGAAUGAAAGAUUAUCUGUGGAAUAUUACUGCCCCAGCAUUUG